UGUUCUUGUAGUCAAAGGGUAAACUGUGACUUCUGCAAUAUUUCACUUUUCAAGGCAAUCCUACUUGCGGAUAUCCUGCCUGCUCUAUUUAUCAAGCUCACUGCUCCUUUCAUCAGCAUAAAUACAAGCAUUCAAGUUGCCACAGUUGUCCUGCUCUCCUGUUCAAGUUUUUUAAUAACUUCUUUUACCAUAGCCAAAUGGAUGUCCUUCCUUGGUGUUGUCUGCGCAGCCCUGGGAAGUGGCCUGGGUGAAAUUACUUUCCUCGCCUACUCUUCUCACUUUGAUGCGGAUGUGAUAUCGACGUGGUCGUCAGGCACAGGCGGUGCUGGUGUACUUGGUGCCUUUUCCUACGCGGCCAUGGCGUCGGUCCUGAAACCCGAGACAACCCUCCUUGUUAUGCUGUGUGUGCCAGUGCUGCUUGCAAUAAGCUUCUGGGGAAUUCUGGUCCACCCAAAGAUUCGUACACGGCAGCCUGUCGAUGCGGCUGUGCGCGAUGAGGAGCCGCUCCUCCUGAGCUGCAGUGGCUGCUCUGAAGAUGGGAACACUACACUGACUUUUAUUCAAAAGCUCAAGCUCAUCAAGCCACUGCUCAGAUUCAUGAUUCCACUUGGGUUUGUCUACUUUGCGGAAUACUUCAUAAACCAAGGGCUGCUUGAGCUAAUAGUGUUUAGAAACACAAAGCUUACACACAAGGAGCAAUACAGAUGGCUACAAGUUAUUUACCAAGUUGGUGUGCUCAUUUCGCGAUCUUCCGUAAAUAUUAUACAAAUACGAAAGUUGUGGCUGCUCCCGAUAUUGCAGUUCGCCAAUGUGGCCUUCAUCUUUUCGGAGGCCUAUCUCCUCUUCCUGCCAAGCUUCUGGAUAGUAGUUGUCGUUGUCCUAUACGAAGGUCUUCUUGGUGGUGCUGCAUACGUCAACACUUUCUACCGCAUAUCGAAGGACGUGGCGCCUCAAAAUAGAGAAUUUUCUCUGCGCAUUGCGUCACUGGCAGACAGCACAGGCAUAGCCUUGGCAGGUGCGAUUGCGCUUCCAGUCCACGAUGCAAUGUGCCUUUUGAACUACUGACCCGAGGACCACCAGCAGCACUGUGAUUGUUAUGUUAUAACUGCACAGCUAAGUUGAAAGACAUGUUAAAGAGCUAAAAACAUGGACACACUCAUGGAAACGUGAAUGAUGGCGAUGAAAAUUACAAUUAUUUGCGUCAUUCACGUUUCCAUGUCCUUGUGUUCAUCGUUUAGCGGUAAUCACAUCCUUGAAUGCUUGCCAAUUAGGGUGAAAUCAUGCUGUUCUGACGACUACAGUAAAACCUCAUUGCCAUUGGCAGAAGUAUCAAAUGAGCUAAUCAGUGUGCAUUCAUGUCAUUAUUGCACUAUGUGGUGACACGCGCAAAACGCACAUGCUAUAACACAACUGGAUGAAGCAGUGCAAACUACCAUCUAGUCAUACAUAAACGCAAAUGUUCUCUCUUCCACUUGAAACACACCAGUUGGUGACUUGUGCUUAAUUUUGCCCAGUUGUAUUCUCUUUGCCUGUCAUCUUGUGUAUUAACCACAUAAUGCAACAAUAACAUGUCACUCUGAAAAAUAAUCUAGGAAUAGACUUCGUUCAGAAAAAUGUAUCCUGGAUCCUGGCCAAUGGGUCUAAAUUGUAUAAUCUAGUAUAAUGGAGCAGUGUCACUGCUGUCCUUUGCAGCUAUGCAAUUAGGAAAAUUUUGCUUUGUAGAAAUGUAGCAAUGAGGUUGUGCUGUAUUGUGUAGUGACUUUUGACAUUGUGGUGUGAUGCUGCUACGUUUAGCAUAAUGAAAUACAGUUAAACCUCGAUAUAACGAAAUUCUUGAUAUAACAAAGUAUUUAACUUUUGAUAACCUUUCGUCAUAGAACACCAUGUAUUUAUAAUCGCAAUAUAACGAAGUGUUUGUGCAAUUUCAACAUAACGAUAUUUCGCUUCCGCCGCAAAGGAAUGCCGAGACAACAAAUGGAAACUUCCACGAACGCAGAUGGUCAGUUGAUUGAGUUACAACCGGCUGCUAGCUAACACACCUCUCAAGUUGCGCGCGGCGCGACAAGAGAAGAGCGACCGCCGAAGUGGAGCCGCAUCAUGUUAUCUAUAAAGACCAAGUACGAUAAGAUCCUAUUGCGCCCCGCGCACUUUGUGCUAUAGGUGCGAGGGUAGUGACUUCAGGAGUGCCGCCUUCCCACGCAAGUAAAGGGAAAGAAGGGGAGGGGACCGAGCUCACGAUAACGCGAUCAAGCGCGUGCAAGGGAUGAGGUUAAGUUGGCCCACGUUGCGAUUUCUGGCGCGCAUCUCAGCUGUGGCUGCACAUAACUUUACGCGUGGCUGAGCACAUACGCAGCAGCGCACCCUGUUUCAGAGAUAAUCUACCCCGUGUGCAAAGAGUGGGCAUGCCAAAAUUGUGUGGCAUCACGUAGGCUGUCAUCCAGCGCAUUUAGUAUUGGAGGUUGCGUAAUCUCGAAUUUUGGUGACCUGUUGGAGCGAGAGGCAGAUGAAGCAUUCGCUCCCCGCUGCCGGCGGUUUUCAUGAUAGCGUCGCCCCAGUGCGGGCCAUGCUGUCAGUUGCAGGGGCGAAGUGCUGGCGUCGCUUAAUUCGCACCUCCGAUGUGAAUAUAUCGUCGACGUGGCAUGAAACUGUUUCAUUCGUCGCCGACUCUCAAAUUCAUGAGAAUGAAUUGUUUUCUCAUUCAGAUUUGCUUUUUUUCGAUUGCUCGAUAAUCCGGAAAAUUCUGUGGCUCCUUUUUGUGUUAGAAAAACUGAUCGGCGACUGUACUUAUUUGCAUAAAAGGUCGAAUUUCAAUACAACGAAUUUUCGAUAUAACAAAGCAAAUUGCUGGUUUGCAGUUGUGAUUAAGUGCCUCGUCCUGUCCACUCUCUUCAUUGUCGCCUUUGUGCACUUAUACAGUUUCAAGAUGCAAGUAAACCAACUAGCCCAGCUAUCCAUUCUGUUGCAAGCAGCCACUUGUAAUUCAACCAUUUGACCAUCUGCGUCCAUGGAAGUUUGCAUUUAUUGUCUCGGCAUUCCUUUGCGGCAGAAGCGAAAUUUAUUUAUAUUGAAAUCGCAUACACACUUCCUUAAAUUGAGGUUCUAAAUACACGGGUGUUCUACAGACAAGAGGUCGUGAAAAGUUAACUACUUCGUUAUAUUGAGAAUUUUGUUAUAUUGAAGUUCGUUAUAUCGUGGUUUAACUGUAAUUACAAAUUUGGAACAGUGCAGUCAAUGUAAACAAUUUAUGGGAAGUGUGUUCCAAGAAAAAGACAAGCUGAAGCACAGUUUUAGUGUGCAACCAGUCAAACAGUACAACACUACUUCAGCGUGCAUACGUUAGCACAGGCAGCAAUUUGAAUUCUCUGCUCCCAUGCCCAGGCUCAAGAAAUAUUUAACUCUUCAGGUUAGCUUUUGAUACCGUGUGUUCAUCUUCCUAAAUAUUGCAGUGAAGACUUUUGCACAGGUGUAGGUUUCGUUUAGUAUUUUAUGACCGCUCUUGUUCGUAUUGUAAUUCAGCAUCAUCAUUGCAGAACAAUGAAGUACUACAGCCCCUCUUUAGCAUUGAAGGGACUGGCAACCAAUUUUCGUGGUACCUAUUCUUUUUAAUGCAAUGGAAAGCUUACCGGUCAGAGCGUCUAAUCAUGAAGUGGUAAUGCAGAAAAUGUUAUGGAAAAUUUUUUUAUCUGAGUUGUUUGAUCUGCAUUGAGGAUGUAGUCGUUCACAGGAAGCAUGCUGAAAACGGUGACAGGUGAGCACGAUAGCGAUUAUAUGCCGGCAUUAGUGGGAGGCAGACGACAAGUAUGGCCAUUACUGUGAAAAGCAUUAUUUUGUUUAUCAAGUCGAUGUUCCUCCUGGGAUUCAUGUUUUCUAAAGCGUUAAAGUAUUUCUGUGAUAAUAGCUUCGUGUUUUCGUGGUUUCCUGUCGAACUACUUUGGUAUUUAACCAGUCAAAACGAAACGAUGCUUUUACUUGGGAUACGCAGUUCAGCAUCUUGCUGUAGCGAUGUGUGCGCAUUUGAUUUCCGAAGCAUAGAAUAAAGCGCUACUAUCUAAUAACGUAGCAACUGCAAUUUUAAGGAAUAAUUAUGUUGUACUAAAUAACAGCCAACUUAUGUACACUAAUCUCAUAGACUACAUGCGAAGCACUAAGAUUUCACGCCAGGCCUAGUCGCUUACUGGUUUUUGAGACUUUCUUUGUCAGUUUAAAAUUGUAAUUCCUUCUUGGAUCGCAGACAGCGUGCUGGGUUGUAUCACUAUAAAUCGCAAUAAUUUCAUUUCGAUCAAUAUCUCGGAGCACAUUCUGGCCAGUUGUCAGUCUCUUUAACAUUCCAUAGUUUGAAAAUUUUACCAAUUGUGCAUGUGUGUGUGUCAUAACAUGACUUUGAGAUGGGCAUUUUUAUAACGUGCUUACAGUAUGGUCCACUCUUAAAGGGAACACUAAAUCAAUAUCCCAGUGUUGAUCAUGGCUCAAUUUUGACAUGAGUGCCUCAGCAAUAACUUGUUACCCAUAUAGGUAUAUCUCAUCAAAAUAAUUUGGUGCUUCCUUUGAGUGUACAGUACUGUAUGUAUGCUUACAGUUAACCUUCUUUGUUUUGUAUGGUGCUGAAUAUUGCUGGUAUUAAUGCUGACUUGAGCAACAAUCAUUGGGGGGGGCCCACAUAACAUACAUAAUGUGUACACUCUUUGUAGUCACGUAACACCAAUGUCUGUUGAAGAGCAAGAAUGAUGUGUGGGUAGAGGUCUAUACAAGUGAAAAAGAAUUAUUCAGGCCAUUAUGAGCAGAUGUAAACUUCUUCAGGUACCGUUUCUUUGGCCCAGUGCUUGGUUAUUUGGGACACCAUCAUUGUGAUGGGUGGUACUCUUAAUGUAGCCCAAUGUAUACGUUUUAUUGAUAUUGGAUUAACUGCGACCCGAAACGUGUCAUUGUGGUAACACUAGCUCAUUAUACGCACAUUGUAACUACACUCACUCAAGCCAUGACUUGCCUUCAUGUCUAGUUUUCUUUUUUUCUGCAUUGUUUUCUUCGACCAAUCUUUCAACAUUGCUGCAUGUGGUAUUGUUUUUGCUAAAUAUGGCAGUGUCGUGUAAUCAAAUGUCACUGCAUAAAACAAAGGUACACUAUAUCAAAUAAUUAAAUACUGAAAACGCAA